CGCUUGCAUUACACUAGCGAACAGGUGAGUGGCGUGACAUUACCUGGCCUGUUACCUGCCUGGAGGUGACGGCGGGGCUGAAUCAGUGACUCUUGCGGAGGUGGUGAUUGUGGUGGUGCUGUGGUGCCUGUGUGGUAGAAGUAGUAGUAGUAGUAGUAGUAGUAGUAGUAGUAGUAGUAGUAGUAGUAGUAGUAGUAGCAGACCUAGAAAAAAGUAAUAGGUAAUAAGCAGCAGCAACAACAUCAGCAGCAGUAGCAGCAGCAGCAGCAGCAGCAGCAGUAGUAGUAUUAGUAGUAGUAGUAGUAGCAGCACCACCACCACCACCACCAUAACCACCACCAGCAUCACCACCAAGGAUGAGAAACAAUAUGUACCCUCCCGUCUUUCACCACCACACCACCACCACUACCACCACCACCACCACCACUACCACCCCAGCAUGGCCGUGUUGGUGUCACCGCGCUGGAGGAUGGCCCACGAAGUCUCCCUCCCGACGGGGCAGCAGCAAGGGGAUGGCCUCCGCUACCUGUCCGUCGUGCAGCUGCUCUUCAUCUCCUCCAUCCCCCUCAGGAACCUCACGGCGCCUCCCCGACCCGCACACCAUGGCGUCCCCUGAGCCGCUUCUGUCCCGCCCCUUCUGGAAAGUGACCAACACCCUGGCGCUCCCCAUUCGAAGUGACGAAGACGGCGACGGGGCUCCCUCCCUGCGCUCCAUCGUCUCCCUGUCCCUCCCUGUCACCAUCUUUCUCGACGUGCUGCUAGGAGAGGCGGCGACGAGCACCACAAGCAGGAGUCUCGGGGAGGACCAGGCGGGGAUCUUCCGGGCCCUAGAGGACUCUCUGACUGGCGUGGGCGUGGAUGGGCGCGCGUGUCUCCUCCGCCUCAUCUGCCACCUUCAGACCAGACCCAUUGGACAGUAUACAGUUGUGGGAGAGGUGUUAAUGCUGCUGUUUACACCGAAACGCGAGACCAGUGACUUCCUGAAGGAGUACCAGGAGGCGGAGAUGGCGGGGCUGGAUGGCGCCGACUGCUCCAUGCUCUACCCCUCCUGUCCCUUCUCCCUGCCGCGCUCUCUGCUGCCCGCUCUGUACGAGGACUCCCCAGGCGCUCCCAGCACGUCCUCCAGUCGCCCUCGUGACCUCGCCCUGCCUGCUGUGGUCUUCAACUGACUCAUCCGGCGGGAGAAGGGCCCUAGUCACUCAGAGCCUGUUAGGGUUGGCUUAUUACGCUGUUACUGGUGAUUAAGCUAGCAGUGGCCAGGGCUUGUGAUAUAUGUUGUCACGAUUAUGCUGUAUUAUGCUGUUAUAUGCUUUGAUAUGGGAGUAAACGUGAGAAAAUGCUA